CCUCGGGAGAGCGCAACAAAGUGAAAGUGUCAAGUCUAACUUGAGCCGCAACCGGCUACCCGCCUUAGCCUAAUUACGCGUCUUCGGGCGCCGGCGAAGAAAGCGCUGCGAGCCGCUCCUGCUCCGCCGCGCGUUGCUGGUGAACUGGAGACGCAAAUUCCCGGGAGUACUCCACGACGGAGACGUCCUCUCUUCACGAGUCGCGAAGCCGAACGCGCGUCGCGCCUCCUACUAGCGCCGAGACUGCCACAACAGACUCGCAAAAAUGAAGUCCACUGUGCCUUAUUGGGGCGCCGCGUGUGCAGCCGCUGCGGCGGCGCGUCGCGACCGCUGCGGACAAGAUCGUGUCCAAAGGGGGCUGCGCGCCGUGCUCUCGCUGACGAGUACAGCACAAAAGUGUCAUGGGGCCUGCGAAUUUGAGGAGCCCGGUGGCGGCGUCGUCCCACGCGACGCGGGCCGCGACGAAGCGCCCGGCGGAUGCGGCCGCCAUCAAAAUAGACCGCCAGCUGCUCGAUGGCGUGCGCUUGCGCGCGUGCUUGGCUGCUCUGCUCGAGGCGGUGCUAGACGAGGGCGCGUGCCGCGACCGCGUGCACGAUGCGGUCAGUCACUUCACGAAGAGGACAUCGAGGGCUUCGAGGGCUUAGAUGAAGACGUCAAGCCUCGUGUCCGAGAGCUGAUAGAGGAGCACAAGGUGGAGCACGAGAGACGUUUUGAAAAAGCUCCGCGCCGAUCGAAGAAGAAAGCUCCGUCGAAGAAAGCUCCGUCGAAGAAGAAAGCGCCAGCUCAACGCCGAUCGAGGAAGAAAGUACGUAAACGCCUCGAGCCUACCGUUAACGAGAGCGAAAAAAGAGCCUUGAUGCAUAACGUGUGGCAGGGCGCUCGUGGAAUUGUGACGAAAUUCCAGACAUUGAUUCACGCAGCCCCAACCGCGCGAGGAGGGUCAGUAACACCUGAUCCGCGAGAGCAGCGGGCGCAGCGCACCCGUGCCGUACUAUCGCUCAAGCCCGCGACAGGGAUGCCCCAGGACGCGUGCGAGCCAUCAAUUUUUGCUUGCUAGUGUCUUACAUGCCGCUAGCCAUCUGCCGCGGCGCCGAACAGCUUUGUGGCUACUAGCUGCAAAGGAUUGGCUGCAACCACGCCAACAAACGCAUCCAGCAAGAACUCGACGAAAAAACACGCCGAUCCACGCGUGUCGAGCACUACAGCAGCAUGCGCCUCCGCCUCGGCACGGCCUCAAAUGGAGGCGACUCCGUGUACCUCCUCGACGAGACGAACGGCUGGGUCUGCCUCGUCGACGCGGCGAGGAAGAAGAAGUGGGCCCACGACCCGGCGGCGCUGACGUCGGUCGUGGCGUUUCUUGGUUUAGACCACCAAGGCCGCGCGGACGCGAGGGCAUUGAUUCGAGGCGUCCCCGGCCUCAAAAUUAUGGAGGAGCGGCUGCCGCUCCAGGCUAUUUCACUGCGAGACGCCGCUUUGUACGUGGAGCACAUGGCUCAGGCCACGAAAGGUUUUGUGGGCAUCGCGCUGCGCUGCGGCCACGCGGUGCAGCUCUUACUGGGCCACGUCCUGGGGAAGAAGUUGAGGUUGCCGCGGGCUCUGGGUCCGUGCGCGGCGCCGGCUUAUUAUGUUGGAAACCCGCGCACGAUCAUCCCGUCGGGCGCGCGAGCGCGGUGGCCCUCGUACGCCGGCGUCCUCGAUUAUGAGCUCGAAGUGGCGCUGAUCCUGGGGUCAGACCUCGAGGUCGACGCCGAUGAAACAACUUGUGCAAAAGCGGUCCAGGACCACGGCGGCUUCGUGCUCAUCAACGACUUCUCGGCGCGGGACGUUCAGGCCGACGAGAUGACGUCCGUGGGUUUUGGGUUCGUCAAGUGCAAGGCCUUCUGCACGUCCAUGGGUUCGGAAGUCGUGACCGCUGAUGAAUUAUACCGCUCUGACGAAUCCGGACGGCUGUUUGGCGACGGGCUGGCAUGUGAAGUGUUAGUAGAUGGGGAGCGGUGGAGUUCUGGCAGAACGUCCGCCCAAAAAUUCUGCUCCCUAUCACAGUACGUCGAGCACUGUUGUAGAGGCGAGGGGCUGGGCGCGGGCGAGGUGCUCGGGAUGGGUACGGUCCCCAACUGCUGCGGGCUGGAACUCGGGCGCUUCCUGGAACCGGGUUGUACGGUGGAGGUGCGGUGCGAAGAAUUGGGAAGCGUCACGAACGUCGUCGCGGGCGCGCCCGGCGCGAACUUCCGGGAUCUUGGUAGGGCGGCGGGCCAGCCGUCGCGGCUCGCGACGGCUUUGAAAUUUCUGGGGAUGGCGUUCAUCGCGCCGGUCGUUGUUUUUAUAGCGCUGCUGGGCGGCGCGAUCGCGGCGCUGGCGUGGCCGGGGCCGCCGGUUAGGAAGGAUAAAAAGGAUUGAGUUACACACAGCUCGAAGGCAAAAC